AUGCAGAAGACCAGUAGGUUGCUUCAAGCAUCUCGCGAUCUGUGCAUUCCUCCUCUGAGACGGGGCCUGGCAACCGCAACGACAACGACAACAGUUCGAGCAACCCCACUGAGUGAGAGAUUCGGCGCUGAAGUUUCCGGCAUCGACUGGAGCCGCCCUCUUAGCCCAGAGGUCGUGAGAACAAUCAUCGAGCUGCAGAACAAAUGGGGCGUGCUUGCUUUCCGACAGACCAACCUGAACGACGAUGGCCACGUAACGUAUUCCAGGAACUUCGGCGCACUCGAGACGGCACACGCACUCAACAAGCCACGUCGAGCUUCUUCAGUUCAUCUAUACGAUGCCGGGAACCUAGGACCAGACGACAAGAUCAUCCCUCAGCAUUCCAGAGCCUGGUGGCACACAAAGGCGAACGGUCUGUGGCACACCGAUUCCUCUUUCCGCCAGCAUCGAUCAUCCUAUAGCGCGCUGCGGGCAGUCGAGCUACCUCCUGCUGGUGGUCAGACUAAGUAUGCCGACAUGCGGACAGCGUAUUUAGAGCUUCCCCAAGACUUGAAGGACGUCGCGAAGAAUGCCGUCGCCGAACACUGGAUAUGGCAUUCCAGGAAACUAGCGGCGCCUGGCGAGUUCGAGAAGCCCACAGAGGAAGAGAGGACCGCCAUACCUCCAGCAUACCACAAAGUCGUGCAACUUGCACCGGAUGGCGUAAGCGAUACGCUCUACGUAGCAAGCCAUAUCAGGAAGAUCGUGGGCAUGUCUGAAAGAGACUCCACCGCGUUGAUCAAGGCGUUGUUGGACCAUGCUCAGCAAGAGAAGUAUCAGAUUGGCGUCAAGUGGAAGAACGUUGGCGACAUCGUCCAGUGGGACAAUCGGUGUACGAUGCAUCGCGCAACGGCUUUCAAGGACCAGGAAAACCGCCGGGACAUGCGUCGAACCACUGUCUUCGACUAUGGAAACGCUGCCUUCGGAGUGAAGCACGAACUAGGGCGCAGCGAUGUUGAUCUGCUUGUUGGUGGUAGCAGGGAUAUUGCUGCAGAGCGAACUCCUGAGACUCAGACCCAGCAGCAGAUAUUCGAUCUGUAG